AUGCUUCCGCUGUGGCCAGUGUACUUCUCGGAAUGCCGCGCGGUGGUCUUCGUCGUGGACGCCUCAGACGCAGCCUCACUGGCGCAAGCAGCUGUCGAGCUAUUCGCCGCUCUAGUGCAUGAGGACCUGAUCGGCAAGCCCGUGUGCCUCGUCGUCAACAAGUGCGACGCCCCUAAGACUCUGUCGCGGUGGGAAGUCGACCUGUGCCUGCGGCUGCCAGACCUGGCCGCCGCCAACGGCGGGCGGCUAUGCAUCAUAUACACGUCAGCGCUCAAAGGGGACGCGGUAGGGGACGUGCUGGAGUGGAUGGUGGCGGAGGCGGCGGAAGGGGGCCGCCGGGGCGGCGUCGGCAGCGGCGAGGGUGGCCGGUGA